CCCUCCACUACAACGCGGUGUGUCGGCUCCGCGCCUCAGAAGGGGAAAAAAGAAAAAAGAAAUCCAAAGGAGCGCACAGCCCGUCAGUCACCGUACACUGGUAGUCAAAUAUGAUCCCGAGAGGAGCGACUUCAACACUCCGGACAACAACUCUGCCGCGAAUAAUUCACAGAAACUGAAAUCUCAGAUCGUCGCAGACGCCUUGUGCUGGUUGAAUUGUUCUCUCUGGUCCAUUCUGGUACACUCUCCCCCCCGUCUCUCUCUCUCUUUCUUCUGCGCUGGAUCUUUCGUGCCAGAAAAUGUGCGUGGAGGGCGAUGGAUGCGAGAUCGAAGGCUGCAGCAGUUCGGACGAGGUGCGCACGCUGUCGGGCAGCAUGAGUCCCGCUCUGAAUUCCAGCCCGGACCUUCACCCGUGCAAACCGGGGCACAAAUUCCGCGCCGCGCUGCUCAGAUGCCGCUCACCGGCCGCCGCCGCCGGGAUACUCAGCUUUGGCAACGUCCUCAAUUACAUGGAUAGAUACACUGUGGCCGGUGUUCUGCUCGACAUCCAGCGGCAUUACGACGUAUCCGACAGUAGAAUCGGCUUGUUGCAAACAGUCUUCAUCUGCAGCUUCAUGGUGGCCGCCCCCAUCUUCGGUUACCUGGGCGACCGCUUCAACAGAAAGGUCAUCCUGAGCUGCGGCAUUUUCUUCUGGUCCAUUGUUACUCUGUCAAGCUCCUUCAUCAGCAAAGAGUACUACUGGCUGUUUGUACUCUCCAGGGGACUGGUGGGAAUCGGCGAGUCCAGCUACUCCUCCAUCUCUCCUACCAUCAUAGGAGACCUGUUCACUAAUAACAGCCGCACCAUGAUGCUCUCUGUCUUCUACCUGGCCAUCCCACUGGGAAGCGGGUUGGGUUACAUCCUGGGCUCCAGCGCCAAGGUGGCUGCGGGGGACUGGCACUGGGCACUGAGGGUAAGGGCAUCACCCAACAACACUGCACACAAACAUGCACACAGAGACAGAAGAGCCCGUCUUGGAUCCGGGGUCAGAGGGUUCGCUGGUGACGGAGGCACCGGGGGGCACGCACAUGCUAGUCGGAGCUAUGUGUUCUCCUCCCUGGCCUCCUCGGCAGUGUCUUUUGCCACUGGGGCGUUCGGGAUGUGGAUCCCUGUGUACCUGGUCCGAGCCCAGGAGGUCCAGAAGACAGUAGAGGUCUGCACCAAAGAGAUCUGCAGUAGCAAAGACAGCCUAAUCUUCGGGGCAAUCACCUGUGUGACGGGCCUGCUGGGCGUGGUCAUCGGGGCGGCCACCACGCGCCUGUGCCGCCAGAAGACAGAGCGAGCCGACCCGCUCGUGUGCGCCGUCAGCAUGCUGGGCUCAGCCAUCUUCAUCUGCCUCAUCUUCGUGGUGGCAAAGAAGAGCAUUAUCGGAGCCUAUGUUUGCAUCUUUAUUGGAGAAACACUGCUUUUCCUGAACUGGGCCAUAACAGCAGACAUUUUAAUGUUUGUCGUUAUCCCCACAAGAAGAGCAACGGCGGUCGCCUUCCAGAGCUUCACCUCUCACCUGCUGGGGGACGCAGGAAGUCCGUACCUGAUAGGCCUGAUCUCCGAUGCCCUUCAGCAGAGCUAUGCGACGUCAGCACUGUGGCGGUUCCUCAGUCUGGGCUAUGCCCUCAUGCUCUGUCCCUUCAUCAUCGUGCUGGGGGGCAUGUUUUUCCUGGCCACGGCACUCUUUUUCCUGGAUGACAGGGAGAAGGCAGAGAAACAGUUGAGCCAGAUGACACGACCACCCUCCACAGUCAAGGUGACAACAACAUGAGGAGCCACUUGAAGGAGCAGCCAAACACUAAAAGAUGACACAUUGGAGUUAAAACCAAGGAAAGCUGAUCCCCUCAUUUGAAGUCACGUCCAAGUUCUCGUCAUUGCUGUCCUCGCCACGAUCCUCCUCCUCUUCCUCCUCCUCUUGGCUCCUGCUGCCCUUUGUCUAUACAGUUUCACAGAAGCUGCUCAGAACUAGAACGAGGGAGCGUCUUGCCCCUCCUUGAUACGCCUCUAAAUCCCAGGUCUGUGAGAAGGAGCACAGCCGCCGGCUGAUGCCGACCAGCCGCCAGCUGGUGUCCUCCACCCCUCUGUCCCAGAGGAUCCACUGAACCUUCCAGGGAGGACUUUGGGGUGCGGCAAUCCCCUGUGACCACCCCUCCCCCCCGUCCCCCCGACUCCUGAUACCAUACUACUGAAUGCUGACAAUGAACCUGCCUGUCUGUCUGCUCGUCUGUCUGUUGCAUUGGCUGUCAAUCUGCACCAAGUGCCAUAGCGUCAUUACAUUCCUUCCGACUUUGCACUGACCCACGGCCCUCAUGACUUGUGAUCACUGACUGUGUUGACAUGCGCACCAGAAUCCAGCCAUUAGCGAUGAAAUCUGUUUGAUUACGUGGCUCGACAUCCGCAUGUGUCAACUGCAAUCAUUAAGCUCCAUUGGUGUCUCUGUUGCUCCAAUGCAAAUUACCCACAAUUCAUUCUGCCUUGGCUUUUAAACACAGAAAAAAGCUGUAAAAUUCAAGUGGAGUGAGAGAUUUGGCGCUUCCCGGUAGGAGUGUAAUUCCCAAAGACUCUGAUCACUCUGCUCGUAAGCCCUCAAAGCGAAAAACUGUUACCAUCAGUAAAGCAUCCGUAAAAAUUGGCGCUUUCCCAUCAAACAGCUGUUUCCUUUGACGGCCUCAUGUGUUUUUCUUAUUUUGAGCCUUUAGCACUUACAUAGGCGUAGACAGAUCCAGAGAACGUGAUUUCUGCACAUUAUUUUUCAUUAGCUCUCUUGUGAUUUUUUUUUUUCUGCAUGAUGUUGGAUUUGAAACGGGAGGUCACUGCCUAUGAUUGUUUCAGAAGGAAUGUGAUGCAAUCCGGGCAAUUUAAACAGACACUGGACGUUUUUUUUAUAAUUUAUAAAGUGCAUGCUUUUCCCAAAAGUAAAAAGAAAGCUUCUCUUCUGACUUUUAAGGAGUAGCUUAAUGUUUUUUGUGUACACGAGAAGCAAUACAAAGAACCAACCUUUCUAAUCCACACUGCCUUUUCAGGGAGAGAGGUUUCUCUUCAGAGGGAUUAGCUCUCUGAUUGCUGGUUUUCAAUUUCUGGACACAAAACCCACAGGGACGGAGUCGCUUCUAAUGUCCAUGCUGGUGACAAUACCAGCCAUUGUGGAAAGAUACCCUUUUUACUUCGCAAUUGUAGAUAUCCCAUUCCACAAUUAAGAGAAAGGACCUUUUAGGAGAGCAGGGGCUGUCGACAUCUCUCUAUUACUGAGGGGAAUCAAAAUUCCAGACAGCAACAGGAAAUCCUGAUGGCAACUUCUUAUCACUUACAAUGCAUUAGAGAGGAAUCCCCCCCAUCCCCUUUGAAACCUGACCAGCAAGUCCUGAGAUGUCUCUGCAGGGGUCUCCUUUAAUACCCCGAACCACACAUCAUAGAAGUACACAAAAGGGGGGUGGGGGGUUCAACUGGUGUUUGUAAUCAUGCAACUUUAAUGCAAAACAUCAGCUAUAGCUAGUUGCUUGUAAAAAUUUAGGUAAAAACGUCAUUAGAAGCUACUCUGAGGGACCCUUUUUGGUGCAAGUACCUCGUGGAUAAAUCUUCACUGCAACCCGCGAUGGCGUCAGAGGUUUGAAACACACAACACAUAAAAGGAGAAAAAGGCACUUUUCAGACCUCAGAGAAAAAACAGGAGGAGGAGGAGAGAAUGACCUUCGCGGAGGCCCAAAGGGGAGGUUGAGGUGGUUCUUGUAGCAUCGAUGUGCGACCAUGACUCACCGGCUGUGUGCAGGGAGCUGUGUGGGCAGCGUCUUUGCUGCCAGAUCAAUAGCUUUAGCUUCUCUCCAACUGCGUGGAGCUCUCUGAAUGUGACGCGUUUACACACCUACAUCUUCUUAAUGGACUCAGCUUACCUCCUUUUGUUGAUUUUCUUUUUCUUAAUGUUACCAAAUGAAUUAAAAAAUGUAAUAACUACCAUAGAGAUAUAGAUAUAUAUAGAUAUAUAUAGAUAUUAAGCUAUAUCACGCAGCAACUUUAAUAUAUUGUAAAUGAUGGCUUGGAUGCAAUGUAUUUAUUUGUUUGUUACCAUAAUGAAAAAUAAUCUAUAAAGGGAAGUAUAAGGUUUGAGUAUACUACAAAUUGUUGUAUAUCAUUGGGUGUAGAAAUUGUUUGUUCAUCCUUUUAUAUCACCAUGAAACUACACAAAAACAUCAUACAUCACUGAGAUGUAUCCCGUUUACUGUGAUCAUGACCUGGACAUCUCACACACAUUACACACACAAAAGGAACUGCGAUAUGAUGGAUGUGUCUAAUGUUUAGGGUGCAAUACAUUCUGCAUUCAUUUUGUAGCUCUUGUAAAGUUUUUUUUAAUUAUUAUUAUUUUGAGAACAUCCGAUCAAACCAUUUUGCACGCCUAAUGUUCAGGGAUUGAUUUGAACCGCAGCCUCAGAAGUCUGUCACGUCACGCUCACGACACUGUAGUUGCUGACAUGUUGUCACCUGACACGAGAAGGGACGUUGGCUCUGUUCAGACGGGUCACCAAUUGAGUUUUACUUUGCCAAAUUUAGUUGAUUCAGCAUCAAUUAUUUAGAAGUAUAAAUCCGUUGUAUUGAGUAAUUCUACCUUGAUAAUCACUGAAGUGAUGUGCUGAGAAAUGUUCUACUUCUUGUCAUACAAGAAUCCUGUAUAAAGAAACCUAUUUCUGAUAUUGAGCAGAAAACAGAGGUUAUUUUUUAUUUUUAGAGCGUGUCAAUACAAGAGAUGUGUAGAGAAAUCAAAGGAAUAUUGUUCUAGAACUGAACUGUGACGCUCCUUCCAGGGGGUUGAUAGAAAAUGUACAUGUCUGUAAAUCAAAUAAACCUAUUUAAUCACUUCAUA